GGGAGCUUCCGGUUGUCAAGGGAUGUGUUUUUGUAUUUAGUGUUGAGGCCUCCAUGCGAUCAGUUCGCCCAAUGAGAGAGUCAGACACAGCCUGUUCCUCUAGGUGUCCCUGGUUCCAGUCAGGAAAGGGCGGCAUCUCUGUGUGUCCACUACCCCACCCUUGUCCUGGGAGGCUGCAGGCUCUGCCACUAAAUACAUUCUAUUCAUUCUCUCUAAUAUCUACACCAUAUUUUGGAUAACAUGUCAACACCACACAUUGUGUUGAAAGAAGAAGCCAGAAUGUUGGGGGCUACCCAAGUAAUGAUCGGUCUGAUUCACUGUGCUCUGGGACAGCUCUGGACAUAUUUAUAUGUCAACCAUUAUGAUUUCUUUUCAUCAGUCUACCUACCUCUAGUCUUUCUAUCAGGAUACCCAUUUUGGUCAUGCAUAAUUUUUAUCAUAUCAGGAAUUUUUACAAUAGAAGUAGAGAAGCACCCUUCCCGCUCAUUGUUAAUGUACACCGUAUGGAUGAACCUAAGCAGUUUUAUCGCUACCAUAAUUGGCAUAUUUCUAAUUUUAUUUGAAAUUAUAUACUUUUUAGCAAAACAAGUAAAGGAGCAAUGGCCACAUCAAAGUGGGAUUCUGCUUACAACACAGUUGUGGAUAUUCUCCAUCUUGGAGAUGUUCCUGACAAGCAAAGUGACAAAAUGGGGAAAGAAAGUAUUUUAUACUGGCAACAAGCAUUUAUAAUGUCCGUGGCUCAAUGGGAUCUUUCUUACAUAUUAAAGAAACAAUCAUCAUGACCAGUCCAGGAAGGAAAAGUUUAUUGGUGAAGGAAGGACAGCAUCAUCGUUUUGUUCAAGAGGCUAUUCUAGAA